AUGUCGUUUCAUCAACGUGAUGAAAUUCGAUGGAAUAAAAAAGGUUACUUUGAAAGAUUCGACGGAAAAAAAUAUUGGCGAAAAUUAUGUGUUAUUGAAGGAUGUAUGAAACGAGCAAAAGUACUCAAUUGGUGUAAAAGACACUAUACGGAACAAAAACAAAAAUCUUUAAUAACAACAACUCCUACUCAAGUACCACAGCAAUCAUUAGUAUCAUCAAUACCUAGUUCAAUAACUGCAACUACAAAUUCAAAUAGUAUUUUAUCAUCAAAUCUUCUAUUUCAUCAACCCCAUUAUCAUCAUCUGCAAGCUGUUUCUCAAAUUCCUAUGCCACCUCCAUCAUAUCUUUAUACAUCUGCAUCAUCAUUAUCUGAUCAAUCUGAAUCAAUAUUUCAUGUUAGAAAUGAAAUUCGUUUAAAUAAACGUGGCUAUCGUGAACAAUAUGAUGGUAUUGGUCAUUGGCGUCCAUUAUGUAUACACGAACAAUGUUUAAAACGAGCAAAAAAAUUAUCUUAUUGUAAACGGCAUUAUAGUGAAUACAUGAAUCAAAAUCAAUCGAAUUCAACUAAUAUGAAAACUGAAACAGAUAAUAAAGAUUAA